AAUAAUUAGUUAUCUGUGAUUUGUUCUAUUAUUCCAUUGCCAGCUCAACUGUAACAGAUAAAGAUGAGCCAACAAGAGUUCUGCAAACAGAAACCAUGCUUAAAGAGGAUAUAGAUAUUAACAAAGCACAAUACACUCCUGAGGGAGCAGUAUUAUCAAAUUCUAAGUUUGAAGGAAAAAUGGUAACAUGCGAGGAUGGCUCCAUUCCUGCAAGCAACAAUGAAACAUGUGUGAUAUGUGUGGCAGGAUCUUACCAUGAUACUAACACAGGCACAUGUAAAAACUGUUCCAAGAAUUUCUACCAGGAUAUGAAUGGAAAGACAACUUGUAAAGCAUGUCCAGGCUCUGUGAAAAUGUAUACUCUAUCAGAGGGUUCAAAUUCACAGAGUCAGUGUUUGUCUGAGUGUAGUACUAAUCCAAGUUACUGUAAGAAUGGAGGAGCAUGUAACUCCAAUGAUGUGACAAUAUGGUGUACAUGUAAGGAGCGUUACACAGGAGACAGAUGUGGAGAGCAAAGUGAAUUCACAUCAAACACACCAUAUAUAAUAGGAGGGGCAGUUGGUGGAUUGGCUGCAAUAAUGGUCAUAGCUCUUGUCAUUAUAUGCCUGGUUAGGUGUCUACAAAGAUCAAAGGAGUCUAAAUAUCCACCCAAAGACCCAGUGGAAUAUGCUUAUGAUUACAAUGCUCCUCUUUAUGACAACGGCUCCAAGAGAGGAGUUGUUUCUUAUGCCCGAAUGAACCCCUCUUUUAACUAUGACGAUGGCAGCUUCUACGAUACUCGUAACAGGAUGUAUCAGCAAGAAGAUAAUACCAGUGCUUAUCGAUGGCAGGAGGCUCCUGGAGAUUAUAAUCUUUAACAUUCAUUCUACCAUCUAUAACUGCAUCUAUUAAUCAAGUUACAUAUCAAAAUUUUACAAUUGCUCCUGAAAGAGUAAAUGUGCUUUCAUUAUUACUGCCUUGUACAUGUAUGUGUGUUUUUUAAAAGUGGUUGGUUUAUAGUAGACAUCCUCUAAACUAAGAAAUCUUUUGGAUUACUGAUAUUUUUAUACUUCCUGAGUAGAUUUAUACUCAAAAUAUACAAAUGAAGUAAAGUUGAUGUUUUUAGGGCAGAUUUCUAGCCUACACAAGUUCAUCAGAGUGUACUUCUUUCUUUUAAAAGUACAUUUUAAAAGUUCUAACAUUAUUGUAUCAAGCAAUAGUUUGUUUCUUGUGCAAUACCUAAAUCAAAAGUUAUGUUUACAAUCAAAUUCAUAGACAAAUCAUGUUUAAUUUGUUUUUAAUUGUUUUUCAGAGUUUCAUGUACAGUAUAACUUUAGAAAACUUCAAAAUUCAACUUGUGCAAAAUUAUAUGGAACAUUCAUGUCAUAAAACAGAUUAAAAUCUGAAAAAAAAACUUGCUUUUAUUGAAGAAUCAAUGUUGACAUGUUAGUGAUAGUGAAGGUGCUUCAACUUUGAUUGAUCACUGAUAUAAUUUUUGUGUUGCAAAUACCGCAUAUAAUUUUAUAAUCAAAUAUAUAUUCUUAUCUUUUGUGAAAUUGGAGUUAUGAUUGGUAGAAAUUUUAUUCAGAGUGUUUUAUACUCAUUGUUUUACAUUUUUAUGUAUUUCUUUAGUUUUUUCCUAUUAUACAUGUAUGACUAGUUA